AUGGGCUCGUCCGCCAACACUCGGGAGACGCGACGGGGCGCGCACUCCUACGACCCCUCCAGUGUCCGAGUCCACCGCCAGGUUGCCACGAACACACGUGAUGGUGCUAGGCCGCUUCGGGCAGGCUGCGCGGCGAGCGAGACAGCGCCAGAUAUGGUCUGCCGCCCCCAGGCCGCAGCCUCGCCUGGUAACGCAACCAUCACUGAGCCUACCUACCCGUCGCCGAAAUCCUUGCCCACCCGCGCGCCCGUGGCACUGCAGGCGCUGCAGGCAGUUCCGUCGUCGCCCAGCCCAGCCCAGCCCCCAAAAAAAAAGGAAGAAAAAAAGGGCCAGGCGAGAGGGGGACAAAAAACACCUUGGCCCUCGUGUCACGCACUACCAAUUUUCCCUCGCACCCAGCCGCUGCUCCUUAACAGACUCUACCUGGUCAGCUACCUCCUCGCCUGCCCACACCCACGAGACAUUCCCGCCAAGUCAGUCAUCAAGUUCAAGUCACUUCACCACCCUCUUCCACUCUCUCUCGUGAUGGCUAUGAAUAACAAGAACUGGAAUGACCGCGCCGACAAGGACCUGUUCUUUACUAUUUUGACCGUCAAGAACAUUGGCGUAAUAAGCGGUGCCGAAUGGACCAUGAUUGGCAACUACAUGCGUAGCAUGGGCUACGGCUUCACAAACGAGGGAUGCCGGCAACACUUUCAAGGUCUGCGCCGUGCCACCAACAAAAUCGAGGCCGCGCCGCCCCCGGCGGACCUGGCUCUGCGCAAGGUCGACCCUAGCUUGAAUCCGAUCACCCGCCGCCCCGGUCCAGGACGUGGCCGGCCCCGAAAGUCCGAGGGGGAUGUCGGCGAGGCGGGCCCGGCCUCCACGCCGGGCGGUAGCGCCACGCCGCUCGAUCCCAGCAUGAGCAUAUCGCCCGGCGUCGGCCCAGCGCACAGCAACAACAGCAACCCGCCACACGCGCAGCCGCAGGCCAUGGAGACGGGCGGCAGCGGUGGCGACCCCGAGCAGCAGCAGCUCGCCAUGGAGGAUGAGCAAGCUCUCGCCGCCUCGGCCGGCGCUCCCUUUUCGAGCGGAGCGGUGGAACACGGGGCCGAUGCCACGGACGAGCACCACCCGUCGAAGCGGCAAAGACUCGACGCCGACGCCAUGGACCACGAGUCGGCCCUCGACGACGAGGCUGUGCUGGCGCUGGCCGCGCACAACGGCACCACGGCCAGCGACUACCCAGAGUAA